AUGAAUCUCCCAAGCCAUAAUGAUAUAAAUGCCUUUAUCUUCUGGAGUCAGCGCAAUGUGGAAGGGGUCUUGGCUGCCGCAAAGUGGGAGGUGGAAAAUAUUGGCUACAUCCUCAAGUGUGGGAGCAAACUCUCACCAUGUGCAGAUAAAGGUGUGUGUCUCGGUGCUCUAUCGCCUAACCACGUGCCGGAGCAUCUUGGCUUCAAUAUGAAUGUCUCAAGCUUUAGAAAUAAAGAUGGCAUUCAGCACCCCUGCCCAACUCAGAAUGUCACAAAUGGUGGGGUUCCUUAA